AUGGUGAACAAUCAUAUCCCGAGCUUUGCAAACCUAUCAUGGGUCCGUAACAUGGCGUCGAUUGGCGACUCGUAUGCUGCAGGUUUAGGCAGUGGAGACCGAGUCGACUUCUCCUGUUCUCGCUACGACAAAGCAUACCCCAGCAUUGUACACAAUUCUCUCCGUACCUACGGGUCGAAUACGAUACACCAGUCUAUGGCCUGCUCCGGGGCAGACACCUCUGAGAUCCUGGCCAAACAAGUGCCAGCGCUCAAUGGAAUUGAUUUCGAUCUCAUCACCGUGUCCGCGGGUGGCAAUGACAUCGGCCUUACACCCAUUCUGAGCAACUGUGUCUACCAGUUCUACAUGGCCGACGAAGAUGCGUGUCAGAAAUCCAUCGAGGAAGCUCAGGAAAGAAUUUCCAAUGACACACAGCUUUAUCAAAACGUCACGAGGCUACUCGAAGCCACGAAAUCGCAUCUGAACCCAGCCCACGGUUUGGUCUAUGUUAGUGGGUACGCGCGCUUCUUUGGCACUGGAGAUGACACCUGUGACAACGUAACUUGGGCUGUAUGGCGUGAUAUCCAGCAGACCAAACAAUACUUGAAGCUUGAGAUGCGUCAGGCGCUCAAUGAAAUGGUCCUGGCUGUGAAUGAGGUAUUGCGCAGAGCUGCUGAAGCCGCAGGACCAAGUGUCCGCUUUAUCGACUACGAUGAAGUCAUUGCGACGUUACAAGGUCGUUAUUGCGAGAUCGGCGUUCACGAACCGGACCCGAACCGCCAGGGUUUGAUGUUCUACGAAUGGGAUACAGUCGACAAAGGUGAGAACAAAACGGAUCUGCAAAAUAGUACCGGUGAUGGCGUCCCAAAGGGUUCGUUCGAGAGCGGUAUUGCUGAGCAAAUUGAGAAGACGCUGCACGAACACCCAGAAUGGAGUUUCGAUCCAGGUAAGGGUUUCGUCAAGAAAAACAAUACCUCAGUGGGAGAAGAGGGUAUCAUCGGAGACACAAUUCACUGGCUGAUACCAGACUCUUACAAAAGGGUGUUCCACUUGCGACCGGAGGGACACAGGAUCGUGGCUGACAUGAUUUGGAACGACCUGAAGGUACAAACGCUGGUCAAGGCAAGGUCAUUACAGUCGAAGAGGAGUACAUAA